UGCCGGAAGAUGAACCCUCAUUUUCAUCGUCCUUUGCCGAGCCGAACACGUUUCGCUUCAGGAUACAUAAGAAUGAAGCAGGAACACGAAGACCUAGUUUUGAAAGCAUGUGGAGCAAAGUCUCUGCAGAUUGGUACAAAGAUUCAGACUUUGUGGAGCGGUUAUGGUGAAAUAUUACGAGUCCACUUGGAGGGAUGUGACCGUCCCUCUGUGGUUGUCAAACAUGUGAUGUUUCCCCAAAACCAGAAGCAUCCGGGGGGCUGGAACACAGACAUAUCUCACCAGCGCAAGGUGCGAUCCUAUCAAGUAGAAAGUCACUGGUACCAAAAUUACACUACCAACGAGCAAUGCCGAGUUCCUGCUUGUCUUGCUGUCCAGUCAUUUGGUGAUGAGCAGUUGAUUGUUUUAGAGGACCUUGAUGUUGUCGGAUUCCCGGUGAGAAAAACCUAUGUUAAUGAUGCUGAAAUAAAGGCCUGCCUCAGCUGGAUUGCCAACUUACAUGCACUUUUCCUCAACGUUGCCCCAGAAGGGCUUUGGCCUAUAGGCACAUAUUGGCAUUUAGAAACAAGGCCUGAAGAGCUAGAAGCCAUGUCAGAUCAAAAACUCAAAGCAGCUGCUGCAGAGAUAGACAGCAUCCUCAACAACUGCCACUUUAAGACAAUUCUACAUGGUGAUGCAAAACUAGCUAAUUUCUGCUUCUCCAUGGAUGGUUUACAGGUUGCAGCUGUUGAUUUUCAGUAUGUUGGUGGAGGAUGUGGGAUGAAGGAUGUUAUUUACUUUUUGGGCAGCUGUAUGGAUGAGAAAGAGUGUGAAAAGAGAGUGCCUGGCCUUCUGGAUCACUAUUUUUCAGAGCUACGGAAAUCUUUGGACGAGAAGGCCAACUUUCCAGAGCUGGAGAAAGAAUGGCGAAGCAUGUUCGCUUUCGCUUGGACAGACUUUCAUCGCUUUCUCCUUGGAUGGAUGCCCGGUCAUCACAAGAUUAAUAAGUAUAGCAAAAGACUUACUCAGGAUGUUUUAAACAAAUUGAAGCAAUCUCAAUCGAACUGAAACACAGGAAGAACGAUGUGGCAUGGCUUUUAUAAUAACAAAAUACACUGGACUGUAAAUUAUAUUUGAGGCUGUACCACAAAAUGCUUAUUAUUUUAGAACUGGCUUUAUUCUGUAUGUAAUGUGAGAUUAAAAUGUAUUUCUAUUUAUUUUUUUGUAUUCUGUAUUAAUUUAUAAUGUUAAAGCAUGCCCACACAUUCAUCUUUCAUAGUAAC